AUGUCCGACGCCGGCGCACCUCCCGACACGCACGCACCCCCGCCCGUCCUGAGCGGCGGCAACGCCGUCGCGCCGCCACCUCCGCCCUCGUCGACUGGGUCCGUCCCCCUUCUCGACACCGGCCCUCGCCACCCGAACGACGCUGCUCCCGGUCGCAUCACCAAGGGCGGCAGCCUCCUCACCGGCGGCUACCUCGCCAGCAAGAUCUACGUCGGCAACCUCCCGGACAGCGCAACGCUUGCCGACCUCGAGGACUGCUUCGGCCAGAUCGGCCCGUGUACCUGUGUCAUCAAGCGCGGUUUCGGCUUCGUCGAGUACGUCGACCCGGCUCACGCCGCCGAGGCCGUCGCCAAGUACAACGAGGGCCACUUCCUCGGGUCCCAGAUCAAGGUCGAGCUGUCCCUCGCCCGCCAGCCUCUCGCCAAAGAUGAACUCAAGGCGCUCGCAAACCGCAACGGCGCCCAGCCCAACGCGCCGGGCAGCGACCGCCCGUCCGACCCGCGCAAGCCGAUGUGGAUCAACGGCAGUGGACCUGGUGGACCUCCUCCUGGUCGCGGUCGAGGCGGCCCGGGCGGCAGCCCCGCAGACUUUGCUCGCGAUCGCUACGGUCCUCCUGCUCCUGGCUACGGGCCUCCUGUCGGGUACGGUGCCCCCGAGUACGACCGCUACGGCCCGCCGCCGCCCAUGCCUCCUCCCGGCUACGGUCCGCCGCCUAUCGACAGGCCGCCGUAUGACCCGUACUACGACCGCGCGCCCUACCCUCCCUACCCUCCCGCCCCGGUUCCGGGCUACCCUCCCGUCGUGCCGUACGAUCGCCCGCCGUACCCUGCGGCGCCGCUUCCUCCCGUCGCCGGCGGACCUCGCGACCCGUACGGCGAGCGGUACCCGCCUGGCCCGCCGCCGCCGGGCUCUGGUCGCUCGCCCGUCGUGCCCUCUCGCGGCUCGGUCCCGCCUGCCGACCCGGCUCGUGCUCCCUACCCGCCGCUCGACCCGUACGCGCGGCCGCCGCCCGACAUGCCUCCGUCGGGCGCGUACGAUCCGCGAGACGAGCGCGGCGCUGGCGCUCGCUACCAGCCGUACCCGCCUCGCGAGGACCGAGGCUACGGCGGUCGCUCCCCGACUCGCGGUGCCCCGCCUCUCGAGCGUCGUCGCUCCAUGUCGCCUCGCCGCAACGGCUCCGGCGACCCUCACGCUCGCGACGCGCCGCACGCCCAUGACCCGUACGCUCGCGACCCGUACGGCCCGCCGCCGGCUGCCGCAGGCGGCUACGCCCCGUACGACACGCGUGGCCCGCCGCCGAUGCCGCCCUCGGGCUACGGCCCGCCGCCGGGCGGUCGCUCGCCGCCGAGGUACCCGCCCGCCGACGAGUACACGCCGCGUCGCUGA